CCGUGUGUGUUUGCGCGCCAGUUUUUUGGCUGGCAGCGUUUCCUCCCGCGGUUAAUGAAAGGAGAUUGUUCUCUGCAGACGCUCAGCCACAGUCUGUCUGCUCUCUGCUGUUCGAGCACUUUGUUCACCUUUUCUCAGGUCAAAAUGAAGAUUGCUUCCUUCAAUGUCAAGAAGCUGGGACUCAGCAAAGUCAACGAUGACUUUGUGCGGACAUAUCUUAUCAAGAUUGUGUCUCGGUACAGUGUGGUGGUGAUGCUGGAGGUGGUGGAUGCCAACGGCAGGGCCAUGAAGAAGUUCCUCGAAAAACUCAAUGAAUACAGAGACAAUCGCCAUGAUCCGUUCUCCAUGGAGAGCAGCAAAAUGCUGGGACGCAGCACCUACAAGGAGAAAUUUGUCUUCUUCUACAGAGCGAGGGAGGUGAAGCUGAUUGACUCCUUCCAGUACGAAGAGGAGGGGAGAGAUGUGUUUGCCAGAGAGCCCUUCGCUGUGCAGUUCAAGUGUCUUAAUACUGCUGUGAAGAAGCUGGUAUUGAUCGCUGUCCACAGCAAACCAGAGGAUGCAGAGACAGAGCUGAACGCUCUGGGUGACGUGGUCGAAGCUGUGAGGAAUAAAUUCAAGGCUACUAACAUUAUGAUUUUGGGGGACUUCAAUGCAGAUGGACCAUACCUUUCAAAUAGGAAGAAGGAAAAUAGUCCCAUGUGGUAUCCUCCCUACUUCUGGCUGAUAGAUGAUAAAGUCGACACCACGACUAGUAAUAAAAAUGACCACACCUAUGACAGGAUUGUGGUGUUUGGAAACCACAUGUAUGAGGCUGUUGGGGCCAACUCCGCUAAGGCUUUCAACUUCCAGAGAGCCUACCAUCUGCCUGAUGCCGCUGCUCAAGCCAUCAGUGACCACUACCCUGUGGAGGUGGAGCUUCUCUAGCUCUGUGGUAUAUCACUGCUUUCUCUUCAUGCACAUUUGACUGUGUCUUAUCAGAAAUAAACUAAAUCAUGA